AUGGAACCAUAUCUGGCGAAGUGGAAAUUAUUUGCUUUUAGCAUGUUGCUGUUCACGCUGUGCCACGGCCACGCUGCUGCUCUCAGCCUGAAGGAGCAUCUGGCUGAUUGUCUGGAGGACAAAGACUACAAAGUGCUGCUGAACACUGUGAAGACCGGCCUCCCACACAUAAACACGUCUCAUCACGUUGUUAUUGUUGGAGCUGGCAUGGCCGGACUGACGGCUGCAAAGUUACUGCAAGACGCAGGACACAAGGUAACCAUGUUAGAGUCUAGUGGGCGAGUGGGAGGACGUGUGGAGACCCACAGGGAUGAAAAAGAGGGCUGGUACGCUGAAAUGGGAGCAAUGAGGAUCCCAAAUUUUCACCACAUUGUCCGAUGGUUUGCUAAAGAACUGGGGGUCAAGCUAAACGAAUUCAUCAUGGAAGACCUCAACACUUUUUACCUGGUCCAUGGUCUGCGGAAACGGACCUACGCAGUGAAAACAAACCCCGACAUCCUGAAGUAUAAUCUGAAGAAAAGUGAGAGGGGGAAGUCGGCCGAAAAGCUGCUACAGAAAGCUUUACAGAAGGUGAAAGAUGAAGUGGAGGCACAUGGUUGCAGAGCUGCGCUUAGGAAAUACGACCACUACUCUGUGAAGGAAUAUCUGAAGGAAGAAGGUGGCCUGAGUGCAGAAGCAGUGAGGAUGAUCGGAGACUUGCUCAAUGAACAGAGCCUCAUGCACCUGGCUCUCACUGAGAUGAUCUACAUCAACAGCGACGUCAGCGACAAGACCAAGUACUAUGAAGUGACUGGUGGGUCAGAUCUUCUCCCCAAAGCUUUUCUCACCGUCCUCGAUGUCCCCAUCCACCUCAACUCCAAGGUCAAGUGUAUCAGCCAAUCAGCUAAAGGUGUUACUGUAUGGUAUCAGAGAGAUAAGCAGUCCUCAUUGAUGGACAUUCACGCUGACGUUGUCCUGGUAACAACAACAGCCAAAGCAGCCCUUUUCAUGGACUUUGAGCCACCUCUCUCCAUCAGAAAAAUGGAGGCCAUGAGAGGGGUCCAUUACGAAAGCUCCACUAAAAUCAUCCUCACCUUCAACGAAACGUUCUGGAAGGACGAUGGCAUCCGAGGAGGAAAGAGCAUCACGGACGGACCCUCUCGUUACAUCUACUACCCCAGCCACAGUUUCCCAGAGAACAAGAAUAUCGGCGUCCUCCUGGCUUCGUACACCUGGUCCGACGACUCCCUCCUCUUCCAAGGAGCGAGCGAUGAAGACCUGAAAGAGCUGGCUCUGAGUGAUUUGGUGAAGAUCCACGGCGAGCGUGUCAGGUCUCUCUGCACAGGGGUGGUGGUGAAGAAGUGGAGCUUGGAUCCUUACAGCCUGGGCGCCUUCGCUCUGUUCACACCCUACCAACAUUUAGAGUACUCUAAGGAGCUCUUUAGACGGGAAGGCAGGGUGCACUUUGCAGGCGAACACACAGCCUUCCCUCACGCUUGGAUCGAGACAUCUAUGAAAUCUGCAAUCAGGGCUGCUACAAACAUCAACAAAGAAGCGCUAUUGAGUUCAGUGCAAGAUGAGCUCUAGAGUCUGUUCAAUCCGCUUUGUAGGGAAAUCAGUAUUAUAGUAGCAAUGAAAUGGUCGCUUCAGAUACAAUCAGAAUUUGAUCAGUAGAAAAAUUACAUGGACACUUAUUCUUGUUGAUACACUGCUUUAAGGGCUGCACCCAACAAUUAUUUUUAGUAUUGAUUUUUCUACAGAUUAUUUUCUCAAUUAAUUGA